GAAGAACCAGAUGAAGGCCCUGUACGCCACAGUGACAGAGGCCCGGGAGAUGAGCACUGGCCGGAAGCUCUGUGAGCUCUUCAUGGUCAAGCUUUCCAUAGAAGGACUACCCGGACUACUACAAGAUCAUCCUAGAGCCCAUGGACCUGAAGACCAUCGAUCACAACAUCCGCUCUGAGAAGUACAUGACGGAGGGCGCUCUGUUGGAAGACAUGAAGCUCAUGUUCCGCAAUGCACGCCACUACAACGAGGAGGGCUCACAGGUGUCAACACAGGUGCUCCUGGAGCCUAUGGAAUCCAGCAGCUCGAAAGAAAGAUGUGCGACUGACCAAGGAGCAGGAGAGCCGGCUGCCGUCCCAUUGGCAGACGCACUGUGCCGUCUGCAAGACCUGAUGCUGCUUGACACACUGAACAUCCGCCAGACGUACAACCUGUAGGAUAUCUGAGCCACUGCUCCCUACACUGUCAGACAGGAAAGGGGUUUUAGGCUCAUUAGAAAAUGUAUAAAUGUUAUGUUAAUGUAGGCAUUCGUUUGUAGAAUGGUUCAAUUAGCUUGCUUACUCUGUUCAAGCUGUUUUGUGUUUGCAUUUUAAUUGUUCUAACAAGUGCAUUAUUGUAUUAAUGUUUCUCUGUGAUGGAUAAACGUUUUCAUAAAAAAUA